GAUGCCACCAGGCUGCAGAAAGUAAUGCAGGCAAAAGCAAGGGAACUUAUCAACAUACAUAUGAAGGACUCGGACAGUGAGGGUGGUGAUGCCGACAGUGAGAAAGCUCGUCGCAAGUCGAAGAAGGUUGCGACCCCCGCCAUGCACUACACCUUUAAAAGGCCGGCCUCCUGGAUCCACAGAGUCCACACUAAAGAAGCGGCUUAAGGUUCUUAUCCGAACCCUGCUCAACUACACUGAUGAAGUGGGUCGUCCGCUAAUUUCCAUCUUCAUGGAGAAGCCCUCACGUAAGGACUACCCUGACUACUAUGAGGUCAUUACAAACCCCAUCGACAUGAAGACAAUUCAUGAGAAUGUCAAGAACAACAAAUAUUCAUCUGAGGAUGCCAUGGUUUCUGACGUGAAGCUGAUGUUCUCCAACUGCCGGAUGUACAAUGAAGAAGGCUCCCAGAUCUACCGCGAUGCUGACACUCUGGAACGCGCUCUCCUUGACAAAAUCCGCGAGCUGGGUUCCUUGUAUGACUCGCUGCCACCUCGCAGCAUGCCACGACCAAGACGGAACAAGAGCCGCAACCACAAGCUUCGUGUGCUUUAUGAUACCAUUAAGGACUAUACAGAUGCCAAGGGCCGCAAGUUAUCAACAAUUUUUAUGAAGCUGCCCUCUCGGUCGGAGUAUCCGGAUUACUACGAGGUGAUCAAGAAGCCAAUUGACAUGGAGAGGAUAGCCGCUCGCCUCCUUAAGUACAACCAGUACGAGUCCAUGGAUGAUCUCCUGGCCGAUUUUGUGCUGCUCUUUGACAAUGCGUGCAAGUACAACGAGCCAGACUCGCAGAUCUACAAGGACGCGCUGAUCUUGCAGAGGAUAGCCCUGCAGACGAAGAUGGAGCUGAGCAGUGAGGAGCUGGAAGACGGUGGAGUGCCUGAUGUCCGGGGCCUCGUCCAAGAGCUGCUGACCAACUUGUUCAUCUCUGUCUACAAUCACCAGGACGAAGAAGGGCGCUGCUACAGUGAUUCCUUGGUCGAACUGUCGGAGUCUGCUGCUGAAUCAGGGCAGCAGGUCGGCAUUGACGGCUCAGAGGAUAGGAGGAUCCUGACACUGGAUCUCAUAAAGCGAAAAUUAGACAGGGGUUGCUACUUGCGCCUGGACCGUUUUCAAGAGGAUGUUUUUGAUGUAUUUGACCGAGCUCGACGCACGAGCCGCACCGACUCCCAGGCAUUUGAGGAUUCUGUUGAACUGCAGUCCUAUUUCAUUCGCCUUCGGGACGAGUUGUGUGGCCAGGGAGACAUCUUGCAGAGUCCAGCUCUCAACUACAACCAGCAAGAACUGAUGGAGAGUGUAGACUUGCUGCGUGCUCAGAAGUUGCCCCAGGAACAGCAGGAGGCAGCAGCAGAGGCCGACGCAGAAAGGAAGAGUCAGGAGGGACGCAAGGAGGAAGAGAAGAGCAAUGAGAUGUCCUCAUCAGACAGCACGGAACACAAAGGGAUAGUCAUUCAUGUUGGUGACUUUGUCUACAUUGAGCCAAGUGAAAAGGGAAUGCAGCCUCACAUCACAAAUGUUGACCGUCUCUGGAGGGAUAAAAGUGGAGAACAGUGGCUCUAUGGCUGCUGGUUUUAUCGACCAAAUGAAACAUUCCAUUUGGCCUCGAGAAAAUUUUUACAAAAGGAAGUGUUCAAGAGUGACAAUUACAACUCCAUCCCAGUGAACCAAGUUUUGGGCAAGUGCUAUGUUAUGCCAGUGAAGGACUACUUCAAAAGUAAACCAGAGGGAUUUGAUGACAAGGAUGUCUACGUGUGCGAGUCACGCUACUCUGCAAAGGCCAAGGCAUUCAAGAAGAUAAAGGCUUUCAAUCGUGUGCCUCAUAAUCAUCUAAACGUGAAGAUAUGGAACUUUGUUCCGAAUGAGCACACAAAGCUGGUGCCCAGAGAAGAGGUCUUGUCAGCUGUACGUGUGCCAUCUGUGUUUAAGGACGGCGUUGAACGGUCUGCAGACAACAAUAGCAAUUCCAUGUGCUUCGCUCUCGAAGAGGAGUUUAAAGUUGUUGAUCGGCCUCGUCCGAAUGUUACAAUAAGUGCUCCAAAUGAAGAGGAAAAUGUGACAUAUUAUGAGCAGCUCAAUCUUCCUUCUGGGGUGUUUAAGUUGGGUGACUGCUGCUAUGUGCGCACAGAACACUCAAAAACACUUAUCGGUCGCAUUGACAAAAUGUGGAUGGACAGAGAGGGAAAUGGCUUCUUCCAUGGACCAUGGUUCGUGUUGCCGAGUGAGAUCCAACACCCACCAUCACGGGUAUUCUACCGCCAGGAGGUGUUUCUCAGCUCUAUUGAAGACACCAAUCCUCUGCUCAGCAUCAUUGGCCGCUGCAGCGUGCUUGACUGCAAGGAGUACACCACCUGCCGGCUGACCGAAAUCAAUGAGACUGACGUGUACAUUUGUGAAUCUCGCUAUCUUGAAGCCGAGCGACAAAUUCGAAAGUUGCCUAAAGGUCUCAAGAAAUUUGUACACUCCGAAGUGGCAACACCAGAUGAGGUGUACUACUUCAAGAAUCCCAUCACCCCUCAAAAGUGUGACGCUGGCCUUGCUGAUGGUGCUGACAUGCAGCCAACGGGAGACGAGAUGUCCCCAAUGCCUUCCCGGGUUAUGUCUGAGACAGACAAUGAAGAAUCCAACGAUGUGCCCUGCUCUGCCUUGGCAAGGGAUGACAGCAACCUGUCAUCUGCCUCUGGCAAAAAGAAAAGUUCCAAGCGUGUCGUCACGGGUUACUUGCUGUUUUCAAGUGAAAUCCGCAAGUCGAUAGUGCAGUCCAACCCUGACCGCUCUUUUGGAGACAUCAGUCGUCUUGUGGGCAAUGAGUGGCGCAACCUGCAGGCGCCACAGAAGGCCGACUAUGAGGAGCGGGCAUCUCGCCUCAAUGUCAGCCAGGAGGACACCAACGACAGCCUUCCCCAGAGCCCAGCCUCCUCAUCGACCCACGCUGUAGGUGGGGGAGCAGGGGGAGGAGAGAGCAGCCGCGAUGCCACGCGUUCCCUGUCAUCCACGGGGAGCAUGACGCCUGCACCCGGUGAUUUUGCCACCCUCUCGACCACAGUGUAUGAAUGUCAGUGGGACGGUUGUGACGCAAGCUACGACAACCAGCAGGACCUGGUGGACCAUUUGGCCCAGGACCCCAAUGGACAGGUGUACCAGUCCUAUUUGGGGUUCAAGGGUAAGCACAAUAACGAGUUCCAGUGCCUCUGGGCAAACUGUCCACGUGUCAAGAAACAAGUCCCACCGUUCCCGAACAUUCAGAAGCUGCUGCGACACGUGAGGGAGGUUCAUGUCAAGGUCGCCGGGCGCAUAGUCAUGCCCGAAGCGAAGAACAGGAAUAUGAUGCUCUCCAGGAAAAACCUUGGCUCGCCAGCCACGGCAGCGGGUGUGCCUUAUUCUACGGCGCCUCCUGUAGCGUCGCCCGCACCCAUGGCAGCGGCCCCCCACCAUGCCCUACCCCCACACCACCAUUAUGGGUCCUCUCCCAUGCACCCGAUGAUGGCUCAGCAGGGCUACCCAGGGCCGUUCACCCCACCCCACCACUACUACAUGCCGCUGCAGCCACACCCCUCUCAGGCUCCUGGAUUGCCGCCACCGCCUCCAGAGCGGACCCUGGAACCAAUCUUUGUGGCCCCACCUCCUCACCCGCACAAACUUCUUCAUACUUACGCAUACAUCAGGUACAUCGAAAACCUGCAACCUGACAGCAAACACGUGACCAACUGGGAUGCCCAGCUCAAAGCCACCAAGGAGAAUACGCCCAUCUAUGACACUAGCCGCCUGCCCACCCAUUGGCUGGGCAAUGGCGUUGGAAGCCAUGGCAACGCUGUAAAUGCUCUCUGGGCCUUGCGUGACUUCAUGCUCCGGGAUGCCCUUGGAGUAGCUCGCAUCUCCUAGAAGUGCCCACUGUGUUUGGUAUUUUGCUGUGCGAGCACAUUCACUUCCACACCUGUGUAAUGACUUUCAUGUUGUAUGCUCAGAGACACCACAACUUGGGAGUCUGUGGCCUUCAUUUUGUAAUUCCAAAUCAUCUCACUACUUUUUCCUUGUGGGGCUUGCAUUAGUUGCUUGGUGCGGUUGCUUUCUUUAUAUGAAAGAGAAGUUUGAAGAAGCACUUCUGGUUUUAUAGAUUGAGCAUUUUCCAUCAGAAAGGUGGACGUUUGCCCCUGUGACUUGUAAGACCGGCCCUUUCACGUGAUUCGUUUGAGCUAUUUUUGUCACUCUAAGGGUGCUAAAGCUUAGUUUAUGAGAGCACAUUGUAGACUUUCCUAGUUGUGGCUGUGCUUUUUUUUUUCUUUUCUUUAAUGCUGCGAGCAUUUUCCAAUUGCACAUUUUUACACUGCAAGCUCAUAUUUGUCCCUUCAAUUAAUGUGAAUUUUUCUUGGGCUUGCUGCACUUAAUUACAUACUUUUAACUAUUUCAUACAUAAUAUGUACAUGUUGUGCUUGAUUUUAAAUGCUCUAGGUCCCUGCAUUUCUUGUGGGCAUAUUAGUUUGAGUAUCUUUCCAAUGGUGUGGUAUGUCACACAACCUGCGAAUUAGUGCAACUUCAUGUGCAGUCAGAUACAUUCUUGUGGCUGCCUCUUAAUUUUUUUUUUCUUCUUCUGUAGUGCAAUAUGCCUUUGUGCAAAGAUUCUAAACACCAGUUUCAAGCAAGAUAUUCCAACCUAUGUCAAAAUUCCAAGUUGCACAUAUACUGCGGUAAGCAGUUGUAAUGGCUUUUUUUAUUAUUAUUAUUAUUAUUAUUUACUUCUCUUUGUUUUUUUUUUUUGUUUUUUUUUUCUUGUAGAAUGACUGCUGUUCUUUAUUUAUUGACAUGAUUUAUUCAACAAAUCUUGUACAUUUUAAUGCACGGGCUGGGAUGCUUGCACGUUUGCAGCUGGAAAAGUUGAUACAGGUGUUUUGCUUUUGGGUUGCCAAGUGUUGCAUGCAUUUAAUAGAAAUGUGAAGUGACUGAGCUUUGUCAGCACAUUGUUCUUAAAAAGUGUGUGCUAUUCAUCACGUCAAGCUGCCCAAGACUGUGUGGUGGGAUCUGUGAGUAUUUGUAGCUCUCGGUGUGUGCAGGUUUGUUGUGUGUGUUGAUGAAAACGUGCGAUUUUUCUUCUGUGUCUCACAACUCAUCAUCAUUAAGGACAGUGUUGUUUACUCAUGUGAUUGAAUUAGUUCGUCUGUAAAAAACAGGUACAAGGCCAACUUUGUAUACUUCUGUACGAAAACUUAAUGCUUUCUCUGAAUAAAUUGGAUUUUUAAUAAAUGUGA